AUGGCCGGUCCCGGUGGUGGUCCUCCUCGCCGCUCCCACACCAAGUCUCGCAAGGGCUGUGAAACCUGCAAACGCCGUCACAUUCGCUGCGACGAGAGCUUUCCUCAGUGCCGCAACUGCACCAAGCAUAAGAUUCGCUGCCCUUACAAUGACUUGCAGGUUACUCCCGAGCCUGAGCGAUCCGCCACUCCCGAUAAGCCUGAUCUGAUGUGGACUCCUCAGAUCGAGGCUGACAUUGCCGAGUGGCAGCGAACCGGUGUUUUCCCCUUUCCUUCCCUCGGUCUCUAUCCGGCCCCCAUUGCUCAGCUCUACUCGGUCGAAAACCUUCGUCUCAUUUACCAUCUCGCCGCUCUCUACCAGCAGCUUGCUGCCAUGGAUGCCAAUAACUUUACUCUUUGGACUCGCCAUAUCCCAACUCUUCUCCAGAUUGGCGCCAAUACUCCCUACGUCAUGCAUGCCCUCCUCGCCUUUUCCGCCAUGCACAUUGCCUUUCUCACCGACUGCCGCCGUGUUAGUAACAUGGCUUUUGAACACCGCGGUAUUGCCUUGAGCGGUCUCCACGCUGCUAUUGGCUCGUUUUCUCGCGAAACCUCAGAUGCCAUCCUCGCUGCCUCUCUCGUCUUAUCCUGGCAGGCUAACGACUGGCGUAGCUGGACUCAGCUCAUGCAAGGCACUUCUACAGUCAUCGACGCCAUGGAACCCUGGAAACACGAGUCCCUUUUCACCGACUUCAUCGCCGAAAGCUGCACUUUCCCUACUGCUCCCGCCUCGCCCGAUCCCGAGCAUCGCCCUAGCCAGCCGCGCAAGGCCGAUCUCGACGCUUUCCAGCGCACACUGGACCAGGUUCAACAGGUCGAGUCACAUCUUCGUCAGCACGGGGAAGAGACGACUCAGAUUCAGCAUCUUAUUGGUUUCCUCAAGGGUGCUCGUAAGAUAAGCCCUAGCCUUUCUAUUGCUCAGCAGUACGAGCGCCUCCAGCCUCUACGCACCUGGCUCUUUUGGAUGCCCGUCGGAUACCUGCAGAAUUACAGUGGUUCUGCUAACUCUCUCGUCGUCAUUGCCCACCUCUAUACUGUGGCUCUCCUCAUGGAACGCCUCUUUCCCGAGAUUGGUGCUGCCUACUUUGGCUCCCUCUCCAUCCUGCCUGUUGAGGAAAUUGCCCGCCGCCUCAUGUCUAUGAACGUUGCUGGCGUUCCCAAAAGCGCCCACACUCCUCUAACCUUGAUGGAAUUCCCCAUUGACACCGUCACCGAGUUCCGUUCUCGCAUGGGCUGGGCCAAUCCCGAGAGGACCCGUUCGUUCCCUCAGUUUAAUCCUCCUAACUUUCACGUUGCUCACGACGAAGUUGCCAUGGCUGUCGGAACCGAGUCAUACAUGUACAACAGCCCUGCUUUUAGCUACAGCGCCGAUGAGAUGCCCAUGCUCAACAAUGCCGUCGCUGUGCCUACCGAGGGUAGUCCCAUGAUGAUGUCUUCGCCUUUUGUUGCUGGCCAGUACCUCAAUGUUCCCUCGCCUUCCUUUGUGGCCUACUCUCCCGCCUCAUCCACCUUUGAGGGUUCCGUCGCCUACAGCGACCCCGAGGAAUAUGCAGCCUUUGACAUGCACAAUUUACAGCCUGGCCACUCGCCCAUGCUCGGCGGUUCGCAAUUCAACUACGGAGUCGGGUUCGUCACUCCCAACCAACCGGACGCCUCCUCCAUGCGCGCGCCGCCCUAUGCUGGCGACAUGUCCCGUUACAACUCGGACAUGUUGACCAUGCUUCCUCGACCCGAGUCUCCGAUGCCUUCGACCAGCUCACCCGUGCAAUUUCGACACCGCCACAACCCCUCGGUCUCGUCCGGGCCUCACCCGCCGUCGCCUCUUACUCAAGCACCCCUGGUGCCCGAGCAGGACCCAAAGGGCAAAGGACGAGCCACCUAG